AAAUUCAAAAAAAUUUAUGUAAUAAAAUAAAUGAAUCCUCCUGCAUCAAAUGGAAAUAAUUCAAAGACCAAUAUUAAAAAUGGAUUUAAUCCUCGCCGUGGCCGAGGAAAUUGGUAUAAACGUGGAGGAGGUAAUCGACGCUUGGUUAAUAUACCAGCCUUAGAUCAAAAUACAAAUAAAAAUGUAUCACAAAAAGAUUUAGGACCAUUUAAAGGAUGGAAAUUAUAUUUUAAUAACGAAGCAUUUGUACCUGAGAGUGUAACACAUAAAAAAAUUCAAGCAAUGAUUAACUAUAUCAAUCGUAACCCAGAAAUAUUUUCGAUUAAUUUAUUAUUAGAAACACGUUCUGGAAAUGUUGACACAAAAUUACUCAAGUCAGAUAAUCAAUUUUUAAUAGAAUGGAGUAGUUUUUUAGAGGAUUUGUUUGAUAAUCCAGAACAUACAAUUUCCUGUAUGGGUUGUGCUGUUUAUCAAGUGAUUUAUGAUGAAAUUCGUAAAGAUACUCAACAAACGCUAUUAGAAGUAGAUGUAGACAUCAUCUCACCACCUGUGGUCAAACUAAGACCUAUUAACUAUGAACCUAUUACACAAUUUAAAAAUUUAAAGGUCCAACUUUAUGGGAAGUUAAUAACAAUUCGAGGAACAGUAAUUCGAUGUGGACCAUCAAAAUUACUUUGUAAAUGGUUAGCCUGGAAAUGUGAUAGUUGUUUGCAAGUACAUGAAGUAUAUCAAGAAGAUGGAGCGCUAACAGCACCAACUAGUUGCCCCACAAAAGGAUGCCGAUCAAGAAAAUUUCAUCAAUUACUAGCCGAUCCAAAAACAUGUACUACUGAUUGGCAAAUUAUAAAGUUACAGGAAACUGUUGCUAAUCAUCAGAUUGAAGGUGGUGUUCCACGAACAAUAGAAGUUGAACUAAGCGAAGAUUUAGUUGGUCUUUGUAUACCUGGUGAUGAUAUUACUGUUACUGGUAUUUUAAAAGUACAAAAUAACACUGGAACAAAAGGAAAUAACAGUGCUGCAAAUAUGUUUCUACUUUUUAUUGAAGCUGUCUCCUUGGUAAAAGACAAAAAUCAAACUAGUGCUGUAGCAGGAAAACAUUCUAUUGCAGGCAUUGAAUUUGCCGUCAAAGACUAUUAUGCAAUACAAAAAAUUCAAGGUGAAGAAGCUCUUGUACGGCUUUUAGUUCAUUCUUUAUGCCCGACAAUUUUUGGACAAGAAGUAGUGAAAUUAGGUUUAUUAUUGGGUUUAUUUGGAUCCGGUUCUGGAGUACGAACAGAACACCGAAUGGAUUCACAUGUUUUAUUGGUGGGUGAUCCAGGAUUGGGAAAAUCGCAAUUGCUGCAAGCUUGUGCAAAUGUUGCCCCUCGAGGGGUGUACGUCUGUGGCAACACAAGUUCGAGUGCUGGAUUAACAGUAUCAUUAAGUCGAGAAGCUGGUGGUGAUUUUGCAUUGGAAGCUGGUGCUCUAGUUUUAGCCGAUCAAGGAAUAUGUUGUAUUGAUGAAUUUGAUAAAAUGUCAACACAACAUCAAGCGUUACUAGAAGCUAUGGAACAACAAACCAUAAGUAUUGCAAAAGCUGGUGUCGUGUGUACUUUAAGCGCACGGUGUGGGGUUUUAGCUGCUGCAAAUCCACAUGGUGGACAUUAUAAUAAAGGAAAAACAGUUGCUGAAAAUUUACGUUUAGGUUCAGCAUUACUAUCACGCUUUGAUUUGGUUUUUAUUCUAUUGGAUAAACCUGAUCAACAUUUAGAUACACUAUUGUCAGAACAUGUUUUAGCAUUGCAUAAUUCUAUGAAAAAACGAAAUGGUUCAUCGCAAAGUACUCCAUCAAUGAGUGGUUCGUCAACAACUUCUAAAUAUGAUCCAGAUGAACCUUUAAAAGAGCGUUUACGGGUACAUCAUGGCGAAACAUUAGAUCUGAUACCAACAUCGUUGCUACGUAAAUAUAUCGCAUACGCGCGUAAAUAUGUACAUACCAAACUUAGUGCUGGCGCAGCAGAUGUAUUACAGAGAUUUUACAUGGAAUUACGGAAACAACAUCAAACUAAUGAUUCAACACCGGUGACCGCUAGACAAUUACAAGCUAUGGUUCGUUUAACACAAGCAAGAGCACGACUGGAAUUACGUGAACUGGCUACAGAACGUGAUGCACUUGAUAUUGUAGAAGUUAUGAGACAUAGUUUAGUAGAUACUUUUUCAGAUAAUUUUGGUAAUUUAAAUUUUACUAGAUCACAAAAUGGUUCUGGAAUAAGCAGUAGAUCCCAGGCAAAAAAAUUUUUAACUUUAUUGACAAAAUACACCGAACAAAAAGAAAAAUCAUUGUUAAAUAUUAUGGAAAUAAAACGUAUAGCAGAAACUGGAAAUAUACCUACCUCAGAUGUGAAUAAUUUAAUUUCAGCUCUAAAUCUACAAGGUUUUUUAAUUAAGAAAGGCAAUCAAACAUAUCAAUUGUUACUCUCUCAGUACUAA